CAGGCGAGAGUGGAGGGGAUGCGACGCGCGCGCGCCGCUCGUGGCACGGCACAGCGUCACUUUUGGCGCGUAAAGUUUGAUGUGUGAAGUUAGCCGCGCGAGAGAGAGAGGCGAAGCAACUUCACGCCAGCAUUACAUUCUAGAAUGCGACGAACACGGGGUGGAUCGUCUCCGGAACAAGUGGCAUCGUGGAUCACUUAAUUGAACGUGGUAAUGCUAAGACGGAUCGGUUCGGGAAUGGAUGUCGCCGCGAUGUCUAGUAGUAUCCUACGUACGUGACUAACAACCCCGAUGUGCUGAAAGAAGAAAAUGGUCAGGCAGAGGCAUCGGGCCCUAAGUGAGCAACCUUGGGUGCACGAUCGAGAUGGAUUUCUGCAAACGGUACAAGUUUCUGCAUAUACUGCCCAGGCGCGCGAAACGAAUCGUUUGGUCCUGGCAGGCCGAAAACAGCACGGUAUUCCAGGUACCGGAAAAUGAUUUCCAUUCGUCAGCUGGAUGUUUCAUCGAACUGACAAACAUCUCCGUCGCCAUUCUCACCGCGCUCGUUGCCACGAUUUUAAUUUUCAAGUACAAGUGCAACACGACCUGCAAGCUUUCUAAAUCGCUCUUGCCACUUCACGCAAGCAGAACUUUAUUUUGUAUAUUACUACUGAUAAUUCUUUUAUUGGAACUAUACGAGUCCAUAGUGACGUCGAUUUCAUUGUCGUCGAUCUUAACAGUGAUUGCUGUGCUAUUUUGUUGGAUAUUACAUCGCGAAACCGAGAUAAGAGAAGGUUUCGGUACCGCCGUGUCAGGAGGUGGAUUUACGAUAGUUGGUCUCGCGCGAGCAUGGAAGUUUUUGUACUUAUGCAGAUUUGGUCUAUCCAUUCAACACGUUCGCAUCGCAGCAACGGGGAUCACCGACGCUUGUUGCGGAUUCCUAGCUGUUAUUGAUUUUUAUACCCUUUAUCGCAUGAUGCAGAAGAGCAGGCAGUACACCGUUAAGAGGCCCGAUAACACGGAAAACUCCUACGUACACUCUACCUCACCGUUCCUCAGCAAGCUCACCUUCCACUGGGUGACUGACCUGCUGCUGCGCGGUUAUCACACGACGCUCAAACUUCACGAUCUUGAACAGCUUCCGAACGAGGAGACCACGAGGAACCAGUUCGAACGUUUUCGCGAUAUUUACGAAACCGAAAGGCUGCGAUGCCGUGGACGUAAAUUGUCUUUAUGGAAAUGUUACUGGAAACGGAUAUGGUUGACUUUCACAGCGGGUAGUGUCUUAAAGCUCUUCGGCGACGCUAUGACUUUAGUGGGUCCCAUGACGAUCCCGAAGAUCAUAAAUUACGCGUCAAAUCUGCAAAACAACACCGUGACGAGGGAAAGUUUUCCCUCGGAGGGAGCACUGACAUUUUCCCAGAUUCUGAAAAAUGGAUACUUUCUGGGGAUCAUAGUUUUCCUAGCCACAAUUUUGCAAAGCACGUUGAAGCAAGCCUCCACUCACAUGUUCUGCGUCGAGGGAAUACGUUUGCGAACAGCACUUCAGGCACUGAUUUACGAUAAAGCCCUUCGAUUGUCUUCUUGGAGCAUCUCCGAAGAAGAGAAGCCAUCUAACAAGGAUAAAGAGCAGCAGUGCCAUCAGCAAGCAGCUAAUGUUGGAACUCUGACGAAUCUCAUGGCUGAAGAUGCGUACAACGUAAUGAACUUCUUCUGGAUCGUUCAUUAUAUCUGGGCAGUCCCGUUGAAAAUUAUCGCCAUUAUUUUUCUUCUAUAUUUGAAAUUGGGCAUCAGCGCGAUUAUCGGUGUAACUUGCUGCGCAUUGAUCGUCACGCCGAUGCAGCUGUUCCUCGGAAAACGAAUGUCCGAAAAUUCCAAGUCCAUAGCGGAGAAAAGUGACGCGCGCCUUCGCCUACUUAACGAAAUUCUUCAAGGGAUACGGCUCAUUAAGCUACGCGCCUGGGAGAAUCUCUUUGAAGAUCGCAUAUGCAAAACCAGAGAGCAGGAACUAAAGCUGCUGAAAAGAGACUCUAUAUAUUGGGCGCUUAUCAACUUCCUGACGCACGUUUUCUCUGUUCUGGUCACUCUCUUCACAUUUGGGAUUUAUUUCUUGUUGGAGGAACGGAAUCUUGAUGCGGGGAAUGUUUUUGCCAGUCUCGCGCUCUUUUCGCAGCUGACAAUGCCGCUUUUCAUCUUUCCGGUGCUAGUGCCGAUUAUCAUCAAUGCCAUGAUUUCUACAACAAGACUGGAGGAGUUUCUUCAGCUUCCAGAGAUCGUGAAUAUUCUCCCCGAAGCAAACGUUAGAAACUCGACGGCAGACUUGACAAAGACAAAUUCGUAUACCGACAUUGAUGUGAUGCAUCACUCACUUCACAAGAUGCAAACAAUAAACAGCGUUACGACUUUCGGAUCGCUGGACAAUAUUGUGGAAGGCGAGGAAGAUCCUGAAUCAAAUAUUCUGCGCGAUUACGAUUUGAUUCCUCCAAUUGACUCCUCAAUUGAUACGGUAUUCGAAAAAGAUCUAGAAGAGUAUGUCCUCAAAGUUACACCUAGCACUUUCACCUGGGGAUCUGACGAAAACACGUUGAUGGUCAAUGCUCUCAAUUUCCCACGAGGACAAUUGACGAUUAUAGUGGGAAAAACUGGUAGUGGAAAAACCUCUUUACUGUUGGCGCUCUUGGGAGAGAUUCAGAAAACAAGUGGAAAUAUAGAAUGGACCAAGGGUUUAAAGAUAGCCUAUGUAGCACAACAGCCAUGGCUUCAGAAUGCAACCUUGAAGAACAAUAUUCUCUUUGGAUCUGCGUAUCGAUCGCGAAGAUACCGCAACGUCCUACAUGCUUGCGCCCUUCAACCGGACGUGGACAUACUUCCCGGUCGAGAUCUGACUAAAAUUGGCGAACGGGGUAUCAAUUUGAGCGGUGGGCAGAAGCAAAGGGUUACCAUAGCUCGAGCUCUUUACAGUGACGCCGACGUCGUUCUUCUGGACAAUCCACUGUCGGCGUUAGAUCAGCACGUAGGUCAGCAGAUCUUUGAUAACGGCAUCAAGAAGCUCCUGUUGAGAAACGGUCGAACUGUUAUUAUGGUCACUCACAAAUUAGAGCUACUGUCGGCUGCUCAUCAGAUAAUUGUCAUGGAUGGCUGUCGAGUUCGCGCGGUCGGAACGAAAUCCAGCAUCGAGAAUACGGAUUCUGAAUUGGCGGCGGAGUGGCGAAUCGUGGAUUCCAAACGCAAGGACCAGAAUCACAUUCAGAAGAUUGCCAAGGACCGAUGGUCCUUGGUCAAACUAGUCCAUAGGAUCGGAAUGAAUAAAAUGAAAAGAAAUCCACCAGCGUUUGUACCUUUAAGACGGCACCGAAGAACUUUAUCCGGAUCGAGGUACUGGAGUUACAUUCUCACAGAUCUUUUGGUACCAACGGAAGAAUGGGACGUGGCCAAGAAAAGGACACAUCACAACAUUAUUAGAUUGAGAAGUCUUCCGGUGCAAAAACGGCCGCCGCCGAUUUUCCGUCAAAACAGCACGCCGAUAAUUCUAGAAAGUCAACACGUACCACCAAAGAAGAAAAAUCCCACUUAUGAAAAUGGACAACUCAGCGGCGUAUUGAAGCAAUUCUUCUCUGCAAGAUAUCUGGAUGAAAUGACAACGAGCAAAGAUAAAAAUGUUCUGUCUCGAUUGAGGCCAGGAUCUAACAAGUAUCUAAGAGGAUCUAAGAAGAUUUCUCAGCAGCGAGAUCAACAUCAUCUUCCGUCGAAACGAUUUUUAUCGAUGGAAUCGCGAACUACCGAUGACAUGGAUGACUUGGAAGAAACUUUGAACGAUGAAGAUGUGGAUGGACAAAGUAAACUCGAGGUCAACGAUAAAAGUGGAAUGGUCACUAGGAUGGUUUGGAUGAAAUAUCCAAAAGCCGCUGGAUGGAUACCGGGACUCGUUUGCACUGUAGCAGCACUGGCCUUUCAAAUCCUUCGCGUAUACACUGACUUCUGGUUAAGUGAAUGGAUGGAGAAAAGUGUUCGUUCGUCAGCGAAUACGGUAUCUUACUUCAUGGUGUACAUCAUCAUAUGUGUGAGCUCCAUUCUUUUAUCAAUACUCUACAAUGUAUCAGGUCAGUGGGCAGGUGCUAGAGCAAGACGGAAGUUUCAUCAGAAAGCUAUCGUCGGACUUCUUGGAGCAUCCGUCUCAUUCUUCGAAUGUAAUCUCAUUGGGAAGAUCCUAAGCAGAUUUAGUGCAGACAUGAGUGUCAUAGAUAAGAAAAUGGCUACAGCGAUCAAAAGAUUGACAAAUUUUGUAUUACUCUGUGGUUCGGUGAUGAUUAUCAAUAUUAUUAUUUCACCGUGGUUUCUGAUUGCCGUUGUACCGAUUAGCUGCGCUUAUUAUGCUCUGCAAAAAUUCUACAGACCCGGUGCCAGGCAAUUACAAUGUCUAGAUGGCAGCACAAGAGGAUCGGUAGUAGCGCAUUUUUCAGAAACUCUAUCCGGCCUUCCGACAAUUAGAGCAUUCAAACAAGAGGAUCGCUUCAUGAAGGAGAUGAUGAAACGCCUCGACAUAAACACUAAUGCAUUUCUCAUUCUGAACAGCAGCAUCAGAUGGUUCAGCAUCGCUUUGGAUUAUUUGGGCGCCUUUAUCGUCGUGAUAGCCAUCUCUACGGCUCUGCUCUCUGCGGAGUUGUACCCAAACCGUGUAACGCCCAGAUUAGUAGGUUUGGCAAUCAAUUAUACUCUCUUAGUACCGAUGUUGAACUGGGUGAUCAAGUUUAUUGCAGAGAUCGAGUUAUACAUGGGGAGCGUAGCCCGCAUUUGCGCGUACAGAAACGCACAACCGGAGAAACGUCACGAAAACGGCUUACAAGUGGCCAAUGACUGGCCUAAUAGGGGCGAGAUCGUUUUCGAGAAUGUCUCUCUGCGCUUCGAUGUAGAUAGAAGUCCGGUGAUCACAGAUUUGUCUUUGAAAAUACCAGCUGGACAAAAGUUGGGUAUUUGUGGAAGAACCGGUAGCGGAAAAUCAUCAACCGUGAUGGCCCUCUUCCAAUUAAUCGAGAUCAGCCAAGGACGCAUCCUGCUGGAUGGAAUUGACAUCCGGCAAGUGCCUCUUCGAAUAUUGCGAUCGCGGUUAUCGGCCAUACCGCAGGAUGCGAUAAUGUUUAGCGGCACGAUCAGAGAAAAUCUGGAUCCAUUUUCGGAACACGAGGAUCAAGAAAUCUGGCGAGCCUUGGAACUUUCGCAAAUCAAAGAUAUCGUAGCUGCGCAUCCCGAAGGACUAAAUCUUGAGGUACGAGAGGGCGGCGAGAACUUUUCAGCCGGCCAGCUGCAACUGCUUUGCAUGGCAUGUGCGAUCCUUCGGCGAUCGAGCAUCGUCGUUCUCGACGAAGCGACCAGCGCGCUUGAUAUAGCCACCGAGAAGUCACUCUUAAAAGCGGCUGCUGUCGCUUUCGAGGACAAAACUGUGAUCACCAUUGCGCAUCGAGCAACGGCCUUGUUAGAUUGCGAUCGCAUCGUUGUUUUCGACGAGGGCAAAAUCGUCGAGGAGGGCUCACCGGCAGAUUUAACGCAAAGACAGAAUGGAAUCUUUUCCGCGAUGAUCAAAGCGGUCGAGAAAAAGACGAGCGACGGCGAGAGGGACAAUGAGAGGACGUCAAUUAACUUUACUAACACAUAAUGUCGAUCUAAAAUACCGAUUAGAUUUCAAUUUAACGUUUUGAGAUAAGAAUUCAAAAACUGCUUUAGGAUAGGAAUGAAAAAUGCUUUUUCUAUAACGACGUGAGAAUAUACUGUGUACGACGAAGCUUUAUUUUUUUUUAUUAAUCUGGUGCGCGUGACUAAUUUGCUAAUUUUUAUACGAUUUCAGACGAUCUUGAUUUUCUAUUGAAUGUACUGGAAAUUGUAAUUUGUAAAUAUACAAAUUGAUCACUAUCCAGUUUGUAUCUCUGAAGAUCUGAAGCGCGACGCCCGGUAUAUCGCAGGAUAAGAGUGCCAAACGAUAAUAAUUACCAAUAUCCCCACGUCGUCGGCUGCAUCUACCAUCGCAGAAAAGGUGUGAGCGUGUUUUUCUGUUAGUGGCACCGAGGCCGGCCUGUCGAUAGCACCGGCGUUGUUUCGCUUAUCAGCACUUUUCGGCUCCAAUCGGACGAAUCGACGGCCGAUGUCGAUAAGCCGCGCCGCGACACGUGUGGAAUUCGAUAUGAAGAAAAGGAGCUAAGCGGACGUUUCAUUGGCACAGUUCUCCUCUGGAUCACCGCGUGAGAGAGUUACUUUCACCGGCGGAAGUAACUAAUAAAUUAAUUACGACGGUGGUGAAUUUUCGAUCAUCUCGCAUCAAUUUGUAGCCAAAGAAAAAAGAAAA